AUGGCGUCAAAAUCCAUCCUUGGCUUUAUCACUCUCUUUCUCCUUACACUUUGUAUUACUUCCUCCAUUCAUCGCAUAAGGCAGAUUUCUGAUUACAAUUUUCCAAAUACACGAGUUGAUGCUUAUGAGAAAACUCUUAAUGUUCUUGGAAGCAGGAAGAUGUUGGUUGGUGUUGAUCGAUUUUCUUUAAUAACGAGGCAACAUGGUUCUAUUGGAGGACUUAGGGUAUUGCAUAGUUGCUAUAUUGAUUCUGUUGGACCUGAAGAUAAGUCACAAAUUGGAGAAGUCAAGAUGCAACUUCAAAUCUAUUGCAAGACAACAAAGACAUUGUCGGACCAUAAAUCAAUUAAUAGAUCAAAGGUGUUGGAUGGUGAGCAUCCAUUUGCAUUAAGAAUGAGGCAACAUGGUUAUACUGGAGGAUUGAAGAUGUUGCAUCACUGUUACAUUGAUUCUAUUGGUCAAGAAAAUAAGUCUGAUGAACUGAAGAUGGAAGCUCAAAUCCAUUGCAUAACUGAAAAAACUUUGUUGGGCAUGAAAGCAACUAUGUAGAUGAAUAAGAGGAUGCGCACGCAAGACUUCUUUAAGAUGUUGGUCAACUCUGCAUUUCACAUCUUCUUAACUCUUCUAGGGUUUUGUUUUUUUUAAUUACCUUCAUAGCUUAGCUAGUUGUAAAGUACUGUUCCAAGGAUUUAGGGCCCUAGGUAUAUGGCCCAAAUUCAUUUGCUAUGAAUUCCUCUCCUGUAUGACAAUAAUUCUAUAUAUAUAAAUUC